AUGCCGCUGCCUUCAACUUACGCCGCUCUGUUUCAGCUGUGGUUUGCUUGUAGCAUCACUGCACGUUUUCCCGACACGUCCAAUGCUACCCCACUGACGUAUCUGGCGUCCCGAGAGAUUAAGCCAAUCUUCGAGACGAUCCAACAGAACGCCGAUGGCUCUGUGCCUCUGUUCGCAUCCGAAGAAGAUCAGCUUACUCCGAAAGGUCCCAAGAACCUCACUAAGCACACCCACUCUCUGUCCGGCCCAGGCAAUUGCAAGGUCUUCCCAGGCGAUGGGGCUUGGCCGUCCUCCUCGGAGUGGUCGGCGUUGGAUGAUCUGACUGGCGGUGCACUGCUCAAGCCCCGUCCUCAGGCACACAUAUGCUAUGACAACAGCGUGGGCGGCGUGAAUGGCACUCCAUGCCAGACGAUGACGGCGAAUUGGACGGAUCCCUAUUUCCACCUCGACGACCCAAUUGAGAUGCUCUCACCCCUCUACGAAGGCAUGACGUGCCAACCGCCAGGCGUCUUCGACAGCGGAAACUAUCCAGCUCGCCGUGAAUUUGCCCGCAACACGGGUAUCCGUCUGGUCGUCAAGAACACCGGGCACGACUUCUCCGGAAAGUCGAGUGGUGCUGGCUCGCUCAGUGUGUGGACGCACAACAUGAAGGAGUUGGCGCACUUGCCUUCAUACAGCGACUCCAGCUACUCCGGCCCAGCCAUAAAGGCAGGCGCAGGCAUCCAGGGGUUCGAGCUGUACGCUGCCGCCAACGAACUCGGCCUCAUCAUCAUGGGAGGCGAGUGCCCGACCGUCGGCGUCAUGGGGGGGUGGAUACAGGGCGGUGGGCACUCGCCCGUGACGCCUCUGUUCGGCAUGGGCGCCGAUCAAGUCUUGGGCUUCGAAGUGGUCACCACGGAUGGUCGGUUCGUAACGGCCAACAAGGACGAGAAUCCCGACUUGUUCUGGGCUUUGCGCGGCGGAGGCGGAAUGACCUACGGAGUCGUCACCUCAGUCGUCGUCAAGGCAUAUCCCGACGUGCCUUGCAGUGCGGCAACGUUUGCAUUCUCGACCGGCCCGAACGUCACUGCUGACGCCUUCAAAGCUGGCAUGAAGUCCUACUGGAAGUGGUUCCCGGAAGGUGCCAACUCGCAGAUCUACUCGUACUGGAACGUCUUCAACGUCGCAGGUGACAUCUCCUUCACCAUGUCGCCGUUCUUCGCCCCGAACAAGUCCAUCGCAGAGGCUCAGGCAGCACUCCAGCCGUUCCUGGAUGACAUGGACGCGCUCGGCAUCCCCAUCUCUCCCAACUGGACGCAAUUUGACGGCUUCUAUGACGCCUAUAAAGCAUCCUUCCCAGUCGAAGCCGUGAUCAAUGUCGGUGUCGUGACUGCCUCUCGGCUGUUCCCGUGGCAAAACUGGGCGAAUCCAACCAUAUUCAAUCAGACUUUCGAAGCCAUCUGGCAGAAUGUGGAGGAUGGCCAGGCACUGUUCGCUUACAACAUGCAUCCGAGCUGGGGCCCCAACGGCGUCCAGGACAACGCCGUCCACCCCGGCUGGCGCGAGGCGAUCGGGUACAUGAUCACGGGCAUCGUCCAGGACCUCACCCAGCCGGCCGACGAGCUCGUAGCUCAGCGCUUGAACUUCACCAAUGGCGCAAUGCAGCGCUGGCGUGAUAUCACCCCCGGAUCUGGAGCGUAUCUCAAUGAGGCCGAUCGCCUUGAGCCGAACUUCCAGUGGUCCUUUUGGGGAAGCUUCUAUCCUCGGUUGCUCGCCCUGAAGCAGCGCUACGACCCAUUCAAUCUGUUCUGGGCGGCGACGGCUGUCGGGAGCGAGUUCUUCGAGGUUCGCAGCUUUGAUGGGUAUCCGGAUGAGGAUGGGCGGCUGUGCGCGAAGAGUGAUCCCAGUUUGUAUGCGGCUGAGGGACCUGACUAUGUCCCUCAUUGA